GCUUAGCAGAGCGGUCGCAUUCUUUAUCAAAUCCCGCUCUCUGAUUUAUUCAGAAAGAUAAAAAAAAAAAGAAAAAGAGAAGUUUGAGUUUGCACCAUCUCGGCCACACACUUGUCCCCUCGCAUCCCAUUUCGAAAUCUCUUUUUGAAUUUUCCAAUUGUUAUCAACUCUCGUGCGGGGAAUUUUUCGUUUCUUUUCGAACCGAGUGACAUCGACAUUUUAACUAAAACGUGUGAGGGCGUGAAUGAAUUGAAAUCGAAACAAUUCGUUUCUAUGUGAAAUUAAAGUUCGUGAAUUAUUUUGUUUUGGUUUAGUGCCGUGGAAAGGACACGCGCGGACAAACGAUUGUCCUUUGAUUUGUUCGAUUUGGACGUUGGGACCGGGGGAGGGGGAUCCCGGAUCGGCAGUGUUUGAUUCGUUGUGUGUGUGUGUGUGUGUGUGUGUGUGGAAGCGAGUCGAUCCGGCGGAGGAGGGCGGAGACGACAUUUGAGAAAGAGGAGGAGGCGAUGAUGCAGCCUCGCGACGCUCACGACGACGGCGAUUGCGCAAUGGAAGAGGCAGGCGGUGUACUACACUCGUCGCCCAUGCCGGCCGUCAUGACUCUGACGACCAGCUCGAAGACGAACGCCUCUUGCCCAUCAUCGUCCAAUCAGCAAACAAACGAGCAGAUCAGGCACCGUCAGAGGACGGCCUCGCCGCUCUCUGCAGCCGCCGCCGAUGCGCUCGUCGGGGCCAGGAAACGCAAAGCCAUCAGAGUGGUCAAACAUCAGCAGCAGGCGUCGAGUCCGAUGAAAGCGGAUCCCGAGCCGGAAGAGCCUAUCGUUUUGACGAGAACGAGCCACCACUUGGCCGGAUUCAGUGGAAACAACAAGACGGCCGAGCAAGGCAACACGUCGAUGGACACGGGCGUGUCAUCGGACCUGUCUGAAUCGAGGCCCAGCCUGGCCGGCGAGGAAGACGAGGAGGAGGAAGACGUGGAAAUUCUGAACGAAGACGACGAACGUUCGCACGGAUCGGCCGGAGAGGAAGAAUCCGGCGGCGAGUUUUAUCAAUCGGCCGCCAGUCAUCGCAAUCAUCAUCACCGCCGCCGCAUCAUCGGCCGCCAUUCGGAGGAUUCCGAGAGCAACGAUUCCGGUAGCGGACACGAAGACGGCCGGCGUUUGAGACAGAAGAAUCGGCGCACGAUGAGACAGCGGCGCGAUCAAGGAAGGAAACGCCAGCGGACAGCGGAUGAGAUGAUAGACGAGGAUGAUCAUGAGAUGGAUCAUUGCGGCGCUGAUGCGGACGACUCGCGCCGCUGUCACCCGAUCGGCGAGCAGAAGACGAGAAUUUCGAUACUCCAAGACGCGAGUAGCGUCGGUAGCGUCGACUUCUCUUGCCAGCGAGCCACGUCCAACAUGAUCCAUCCGGCGACCUUGGCCCGUCCCGUCCUUUCUUCCGCCCACUUGGCGGCCGUGGGAUCGCCACACUUGGCCGUCGAGAGCAUCUCUUCUUCGAAAUCGUCCGCUCCGCUGGCCGUGGUGGAGACGGGCAGCGGUGAGGCGGUCCGUGCGCCCUUUGCGACGGCGGCGACAUCUAGCGGUCGGUACGCUAACCACUUGUUUCAACACGACGAGCUCCUCACCAACCCGCCGGAAGAGUACAAGAACGAGGAGGACGAUCCUUUCUCCGCCGUCCUGCGCGAAAUGAAAAUCAAAGGAGAAUUCCCCUGCAGACUCUGCGAAGCCGUUUUCCCCAAUCUGCGCGCUCUUAAAGGUCACAACCGGAACCAUCUGACUCACGCUCCUUACCGGUGCAACAUGUGCCCGAGCACGAGCCACGAUAAGGGCGCUCUGAUUCGGCACAUGCGGACGCACAACGGCGAGCGGCCCUACGAAUGUCGCGACUGCCAGUACGCCUUCACCACCAAGGCCAAUUGCGAGAGGCAUUUGCGCAACCGGCACGGAAAGGCCAGCCGGGAGGCUGUUAGGGCCUCGAUCGUUUACCACUUGAGCGAGGACGCCAACCGGGCGCUGGGCGGCGAUAAUUCCGACCAUUCCGGCAGUUACUACCAGGGCCACAACGACCAAUCAGCUCUCGAUCUAAGCGCCGAUCGCGACGAGUCCAUCGACGGCGAGGAGGAGGAGGAGUCCACUGAUUAUCCGUCGGAAGAGGAAGCUGAAGAUGAACGUGGCGCGGCCAUCGUCGAACAAGACGGGCCGUUAGAUUUGACGGUGGACGUGUUGGAUUUGCGGAAGCGGCGGCAGGAAACGAAAGCCCCGCCGUCGAAUUUCAAUCCCGUGGCCGUCGUUCCAGUCACGUCGGCGUCGCAUCAUCAGAACGCCGUUCCGGCUCAGACUGUCGCUCCGACGGCCGCCGUUGCGCCCGCCGUCCAGACUUCAGUUGCCGACGUCAAACCGGCCGUACCUUUCGCGCCGCCCUAUUUCGGAUCGUCUUACCCGGGCACGGUGGCCUCGCUGGCCGGCUUGCCUUUCUUCUAUCCCGGCCUGGGCGGGGCCAAUUAUUCCGCAUUUUUCGAAUCGAAACUGGUCGAAAUGGGCCAUCAAAAUCCGGCUGUUGAUCUGUCCGCCUUGGCUUUGGCCGCUGCUCAUCACGACGCGCUGCGUCAGGCCCAGCAAGUGCAGAAACCUCAGCCGAAUCAUCCGCCGCCGGCCUCGUUGGUCGAAGGGCUCUUAAUGCCCGCUGCUAAAAAAUUCAGCGCUGACCCCGCCGAGAACGUCCGUCCCGUCCCGAUGCCCAUCCCGACGAGUCCCGCCAAAUUGGAGUCUAAAAAAUCGAGCCAUCAUCACAGCGGUUCGUCCGCGCAGGCCGUUAACGAUCCGGGCGUCAAGAUGGUGCUCAAGAACGGCGUGCUGGUCAAGAAGCAGAAACAGCGUCGCUACCGGACGGAGCGUCCGUUCGGCUGCGAGCACUGCACGGCCCGUUUCACGCUGCGCUCCAACAUGGAGCGACACAUCAAACAGCAACACCCGGACAUUUGGUCGACCCGUCCUCGAGGGCAUCGAAGAUCGGCCUGCGCAUUAACCAAAGCGGCCGCUCUGCCCACGAUGGUGGACCUGAAAGGCCACAUGGUCAACGCGAUGCCGGCCCUCGCCCCGCAAAUGGUGCAAGAGGCUUCCGUCAAGCUGGAAAUCGGCGGAGGGAAAGCGCCCAUCUCGGAGCAAGUCCGCCAGGCCGUCCAGCAGAAAUUGAAGAAGCGCCGCAACAGCGAGCAUUCCGAAGACGAGGAAGAGGACGAUGAUGAGGAAGAAGAAGAAGACGACGAUGGUAAUUUGGUCAUUGAUAUUGAGCGGAAAGAUCACGGCCCAACUGGCCAGAGAAUUGUGGCCAGCAAGCCGGAACCGGCCGAUUUGGCCAGCGUUUCCAAAUUGCUGACCAACGCCGUGGCCCAGAGUUUCCAGCAGUAUUUCAAUCAGCACCGCGACGCCGAGCUGGAGAGCUCGGUGACGAGCGACAAGAUGAACCGGGCCAGCCCGUCUGAAGGCAACACUGACGAGAUGGACGAAGGUGAAUGCACGAGCAUCAGCGACGGCCAUUCGGGCGGCAGCGAUUUCGGCGGGAACCGCUCGGACAGCGGCGGCGGACAGGCGGUGAAAGGGAAGAAGAAGAGCGCUUAUUCGAACGCUCCCCAUCGGGUGAGUUGCCCGUAUUGUUCGCGCAAGUUUCCGUGGACCAGCUCGCUGCGACGUCACAUCCUGACGCACACGGGCCAGAAACCGUACAAGUGUCCGCAGUGCCCGCUCUGGUUCACAACGAAAUCCAACUGCGACCGCCAUCUGUUGCGCAAACACGGAAACCAUCUGCACGGCGGAGGCGGCGAGACGGCCAACAACAACAGCAACAACAGCGUGGCCAGCAGCAACGCGGCGGCCGAUAAUUCGCGCAACGUUCCAGACCGGCCGUACAAGUGCGCCCUGUGUCCGUCGUCCACCUUCGCCACGUCGGACAAUCUGAAGAAGCACGUCGACAACAAACACUGCCCCGCCCAUCACGGCGGAAUGAGCAGCCCGGAGUCGAUCGCGGCGGCCGACGGCGAGUCUGAGAAAGUGCGCCAUCAUCAUCAGUCCAGCAAUCCAGCCAGUCCGGGCCCUCAGGCGGGCGACGGCAAUUCGGCCGCUGGGGGCCUUUGGGCGGCCGGCGAGCAACUGCCUUUCAAAUGCCAUUUGUGCGACGACUCUGGAGGCUACGCCGAGAGACAGGAAGUGCUGGAUCACCUCCAGCGGGACCACACGGAAGAGUUCCAUGACCUCGUAGGCAAAGUCGGCGCUUUGGUGGCUGAGCCGCCGCCAAUGCCGUCCGCUCCGACUUCGGACGAAGGCGAAGACUACGAUUCCGUCCGCGGCAAAUUCCCAGAUUACGUCAACAGAAAGGUGAUUUGUGCCUUUUGUUUGCGACGCUUCUGGUCGGCCGAAGACCUACGACGUCACAUGAGGACGCACAGUGGCGAGCGGCCAUAUCAGUGCGACGUGUGCUCGCGUCGCUUCACCUUGAAACAUUCCAUGUUGCGACACAGACGGAAGCACGGCGGAUCCGGUCACGCGGAAGAGAGCGACGAAGAGGAAGAAGAAGAAGAGGAAGAAGAGGAUGGAUCGAUCAGUUCGGAUCAUCGGGCCAAUCAGCGCCACGCUCGUCGGGAAUCGUCCAGGUCUUCGGCCAAGGCCAAAGUGCGCAUGCAGGCUGCCCUCUGGAGCGGCUCCAAGUCCGUUAAAUCGACGGGCGGUAUGAGACUCCGCGGACCGUGCGGCUCAGAUCUGAUCGGCAACUUGCUCGGCAUUCCAGACACGUCGCUAGUAGAGCAGCUCAUGUCCAAACCGGCCGACGAUGCCGCUCGUCUUCUGGGCGUCACCGGUGGCAAUCGCGUUUGAGAAAAACUGAUCAGCAAACCAAAAGAAAAUAGUAAUUCCAUUUUUUUUUUAUCAUUCCUAAUACGCAUUAAGAAACAAAAUCAUAAUUAACGAUUUAAAAAAAAAAAAAAAAGAAAAGGAAAAAAAAAAAUAAUAAUAAUUUGAAUAUUGAAAUACCAAAGAUCAACGUGAAAUCAUUCCUCUCUAUUUUAAACAUUUUUUGGUCCUUCGUCUUCUCUUUUUUUUUCGUGAACAUUUUUUUUUUUUGGUUUGUUCUUCUUUUUAAAAUGGAAAAAAGGGGGAAGGGGACUGAUAGGGUUUAGAAAAUGUCUGUCUUAAUGUUCUGCGUGGCUGCCGAGACUCGGAUCUCGGAACAGCUAUAUAUCAGUGUAUAUAAAAAUAACCGAGAUCUCUUCGACAUCGAUAUGUUUUUUUCAACAACUAAAAUUUGACAAGGAAUUUCGUUUAACUGGAGAAUACUGACGACGUAUAUCCUUUUAUUUCUCACCACUAACUCUAUAUCGAUACACAUUUUGAAAGAAAAAAAAAAAAAGAACAAAAAAAAAACAUCAAUAAUUAUUAAUAUUAUAGAAUGUCUGAAUUAUUGAGUCAUUCGUUUCCCAAAGAAUAGCAAUAUUGCUGUACCUAUUAUUACCAGACUUUUUAUAUAACCUACCCCGCUCUCUUCAAACGAUGUUAGUUCCUCAUUUCUUUCUUUUUUUUUUGUUUGUUGUCCUCCUCAUGUCGUAGACAGAUUUUUGUUGUUUUGACAAGCAACAAAGCAAUCACUCUUGAUAAUUUAAUUCUGACUGCCCCAUAAAAAUGUGUCCUCUUUUGUAUAACAUGGGAAGAAAUCCAAUGAAAAUGCAGUACUUUUGACAGUCACUUAUUAUCGUGAAAUCUUUCUCUUGGCAAGUUGAGAAAUCGGAUGCAUUUUUUCUUUUCUUUUUUUUUUUUUAAAUUUGAAUUAUUAUAAAACAUUUUAAUUAUUAUUCCUCUCUCCCUUAUUCGGCAAGUUCCACUCAUUUCCCGUCCAUUCGCUGGAACGUCCCCACUCUUCAUGAAUGAACGUAAACAUUUCAUUCCUAUCAUUGUCUGUUCGUUUUUUAAAUUUCACAUUCCCCUCAUCAAUUGUCAAGUUUGUUUUCUUUUUAGUGCGAUUCUGAUUUCAGUUCGUCUUUUUUUUUUUUAUUCAAUGUAUAAGCACAUUCCUUUCGACUG